AUGUUUCAUAGUACAUCUUUCCUCGAUGCUUCUUCAGAAGAGAACGUCGUUCUCUAUUCUCGGAUGGCCCAGGCUAAAGAAGCGUGCCGAAAAAUGAUAUCACAUUUCAGGCAGCGAAGCAGCCCGCCACAUGCGAUCUCCUCGAUAGAUCCAUCCAUAUCUACGGCAGGCGCCGACUUUUCCUCUUCUGAUUCGACGAUGUCAAGCGCUUCGAUAGAUAAUGAUAUAGAAAGCAAAACUCAGCCAGCGUCUAUUUCCGAAUCUUUUGUCUCGAAGUCAAGCCAGAAAGCGGAUCCUAAUGUUUAUACUCGCCGUUUUCCAUUGCACAUUCCCCAUCGAGUUCGAUAUAUUGCUCGAAACCACCAACAUAUCCUAUUCCCACGGCUCGCCAGUUCCAAACGGUCGACUAAGCCCAUGCGCCGUAGGAUGUCUACGUUCGCCCCAUCCAUUCACUAUACUGUCGCCAAGAGAAUCCACGUCGCCGUUGAGAUCGAGGAGCUUACAUUUGGAGAUGAGCUAUCGAGCGAUGAAUCCAACGACAAUUCUUGGGAAGAUGAGGACGAUACCACCUUGACUUGGACUUUGGAUGAUCGCGCAGAGACUAGCGACGUCCGUCACCUCUCAUCGAGUGUCGUGCUGAAUAGCGUUGUUCCUGCAUAA